GAGGAACAAAAGUAAUGACUGGCCAAACGCCCAUUGGUCAAACCACCACCAACGACAUUUCCAUCCCUUACUACAUUGUUGAUUCCAACGAAUACGUUCCCGGGAAUACGCGAACCGUCGAUGGUCUCACAGUUGACGCAAACAAUUUCACUGCUCAAUACACUGGCUAUUUCAAGCCUAGUGUAAGUGGUGAAUGGACAAUAUGCCAAUCAGCCGAUGACGUCUCGAAUGAGCGGAGCUGCCUUCUCUUGCGGAAGUUCUAAUGACCAAGGCGAUACUGCCUUCUCAUCCGUGUACGGCGCGCCUCCUGUCUGUGUCACGCGAACUCUCCAAGCUGGUCUGCUCUAC